AUGAAUUCUGUAAUUAUGUCAGAAGUUGAUAAUGUUAAAAUUUCCAAUUCAACAUCAUUUUCAGCUUAUAAUAAUACCUUAAAUCCGAUGUCACCUAAAAAAACUGGUAGUAUUAAACGAAAACAUUCACAUAAUAGAAGGAGUCUUAUUAAUAAUUAUCCAAGUGUAGGAGAAUUACUUUGGGAUAAUGGAAAAAUGUAUAGUGAUGUUAGAUUAUCAUUUGAAGAUCGUGAAGGUUUAGCGACUCGUGCAGGAAUACCUUCAGAACUUCGAUUACAUUCUAUAGUUUUGUUCCAAUCACAAUUCUUUAAAGAACAACUUUCACAAACUUCAUCAAACAUUUCAUCAUUACCAAAAUCUAAUAUGAAAAAAGAAAAACAAAUAAUUGUUAAAUUACCAUAUAAAGUUAACGAAGAAGAUAUGGUAAAUUUUUAUUGUACAUUAAAAUUAAUGUAUACAAAAAAAUGGGACACAGAAUUAGCAAAUAAUCUAGCAAAAGGAGUUGGAUGUUUAUCAGUUUGUUGGGAAAUCGGAUUUCAUGAAGGAAUUGAAGCUUGUUGGAAAUGGUUGGUUAGAAAAUGUAAUCGAGAUAGAAAUAAGGAAAUGUUAAAAAAAUUAAUUAAUGCUUACCCUAGAUUACAUGAAAGAUUUACACAUCAAGUUGAUAAUGUAAAUAAUGAAUCUAUUUCGAAUACAUAUUUACAAAGAGCUCCAAGUUUAACAAAGAGUUCUAGUAAAAAAGGACCUAAUUUACCACAAAGAUCAAUGAGACGAGAAAGUCGACCCAGCAAUGCACGUCGAAGAACAAAAACGAUAGAUGAACAAAUAUUAUCAACACCUUUGUUAAAAUCAUAUA